AUGUCUUACAUCGUUCGCGAUCCACGUUUCUCUAUGUCCAUGGCUGAGGCUGAGGUCCCAAUCUCUGCCAAUUUCCGUCGUGGCCGCGUAUCUUAUGCCAAACAAAUCGAGCGUCGCAUCAUCAGUGUAUGGAAGGUUGUCACACGAACCACACGCAAGCAACCGCGAAACUCCUUCAUACAUCCCGACUUUGUCGUCAUCACAACUCGACGCAAGAGCACCAUCCAACCACAAAUAUACCGGUACCACAACUAA